AUGACGUCGUUGAAGCGGCGCAGGGGGACCGUAAAACAGUGCAGCCCUGGUGAUAAUCUCGAAGCGGCACAGGGGACCGUAACACAGUGCAGCCCUGGUGAUGAUCUCGAAGCAGCGCAGGGGACCGUAACACACCCUGGUGAAGAUCUCGAAGCAGCGCAGGGGACCGUAACACAGUGCAGCCCUGGAAACGACCAGAAGGGGACCGAAACAGUGCAACCCUUAAGGUGGAGCUGGUGGAGUUCCAUCUCCCUGAAAAGUGGUUACGGUGGCCCUUUUAUAGGCAGGGUUGAGAUGCGUGGGAAUAUACAUCUCAAGUAUGUCUACAGAAAAAACGUGAAAUGUGAUAAGUACAAAAAUCACUUUAAAUGCUACUAUAAAAGAGUCGGCUAUCCAGAAGACAGUAAACAGUCAGUAAACAAAAUGUUUCGCUUUGCCUUUCUUUAUUUGUGCGCAUCAUCAGUCUGGGCUUUGUCUUCCCCAGCAGGUAUUUACAAGGUGCCGCCCUUUAAACUUAAUGGUCCCAGAAUUAUUAACGGAGAGCAAGCCGCGGAAGGACAAUUUCCUUGGCAAGUUGGGUUGAACGUAAACGGCUUUUGGUUUUGCGGAGGCAGUAUAAUCAGUGAAGAAUGGAUCCUAACUGCUGGCCAUUGCGUCGACGGGGCUGAAUCGGCUGAAGUCGUAAUUGGAUCCACUGAUAUAGAUGCCGGCGAAACUGUAACAGCCUCUCAAUUUAUCCUUCACGAAGACUAUGAUGGAGAUCUAAUCGCGAAUGAUAUUGGAUUAAUCAAGCUUGACAAACCUUUGACUCUGAGUGGAAAUAUCGCUGCAGUCAACUUGGCUUCUGAAGAACUUAAUGCCGACGUUGAUGUUACGGUCAGCGGUUGGGGUCUUACCAGCGAUGAUUCACUUUUUAUAAGCCAAUACCUGAAUUUCGUUGAAUUGGUUACCAUUACUAACGAAAAAUGUGGAGAGACGUAUGGACAAGACUUAAUUCGACCUGAAAUGGUUUGUGCUACCUCUCCUGUAUCUCAAGUUAAAAGCACUUGCAGUGGUGAUAGUGGUGGUCCUGUGGUGAUUAAUGCCGAUUCAGAUCCAGUUCAUGUAGCUAUUGCCAGUUUUGUGGGUGACACAGGGUGUGAAGCCGGUACUCCUUCUGGGUAUACUAGGACGGCGUAUUACAGAGAAUGGAUCAAAACAAAUACAGGAGUUUAA